ACAAAAAUGAAAGAAAUUGUUAUCUCUUUCAUAUCAGUGAAAGCGAGAGAGAAACAGAGAGGCAAAUAGAAAUAGAAAUCUCCGGCGAAAGAAACGAAAACACAAGAUUCCUGAGCAGAGAGAGAUUCAGAUGGCUGAACACGAAGAAGAGGUUCACAAUUCUCAUCCACACGCCGAUUCCUCUCCUCCUCCACCUGCCACCGACGCCAAUUCUCAUGCUACACGGCAUGCUAGGCGGGUGAAUGUUGAGGACCUUCCUCCUACAGCCAAUGAGCAGUCAGUUGCAACUUUCUUUAGUCAAGUUAUGGCCAAUAUUGGGGGAAACACUGCUGGCCCAGGUGAUGCUGUAGUCAAUGUUUGCAUUAACCAUGACAUGAAUUUCGCUUUCGUGGAGAUGAGGUCUGUUGAGGAAGCUAGCAAUGCUAUGGCUUUAGAUGGGAUUAUUUUUGAGGGGGCACCUGUUAAGGUCAGGAGACCUACUGAUUACAAUCCUUCUCUGGCUGCUACCCUAGGCCCAAGCCAACCUAACCCAAACCUUAAUCUGGGUGCUGUUGGUUUAACACCUGGAUCUGCCGGUGGACUUGGAGGACCUGAUCGAAUUUUUGUGGGAGGACUUCCUUACUACUUCACUGAAACACAGAUCAGAGAGCUUUUAGAGUCUUUUGGUCCUCUUCGGGGUUUUGAUCUAGUGAAAGAUAGAGAAACUGGGAAUUCAAAAGGUUAUGCAUUUUGUGUUUACCAAGAUCUUGCAGUUACGGACAUUGCCUGUGCAGCUCUCAAUGGAAUAAAAAUGGGAGAUAAGACACUUACAGUUAGACGAGCUAAUCAAGGUGCAAACCCUCAGCAGCCUAACCCAAACCUUAAUCUGGCCGCUAUUGACUUAACACUUGGAUCUGCCGGUGGACUUGAUGGUCCUGAUCGUAUUUUUGUGGGAGGACUUCCUUAUUACUCCACUGAAACGCAAAUCAGAGAGCUUUUAGAGAACUUUGGUCCUCUUCGGGGUUUUGAUCUAGUGAAAGAUAGAGAAACUGGGAAUUCAGAAGCUUAUGCAGUUUGCGUUUACCAAGACCUUGCAGUUACGGAUAUUGUCUGUGAAGUUCUCAAUGGAAUAAAUAUGGGAGAUAGGACACUUACAGUUAGACGUGCUAAUCAAGAUGCGAACCCACAGCAGCUUAACUCAAGCCUUAAUCUGGGUGCUGUAGCUUAACACCUGGAUCGGCCAGUGGACAUGAUGGUCCUGAUCGGAUUUUUGUGGGAGGACUUCCUGACUACUUCACUGAAACACAGAUCAGAGAGCUUUUAGAGACUUUUAGGACUUACUGGCUAUUUUUUAUGGUACAUGCUAUGAAUUGUGGCUAAAAGAAACUCGUUUGUACUUGCAGGUGUUUUUGGAGUAUGUUGAGGUUAAUGGUGCUACAAAAGCCAUUGCAGGACUGAAUGGAUGCGAAUUUGUCGGAAAUCAAGUAAUAGUUGUCUUUUAUCCAAAGAACAAAUUUGGGCAGGGAGAUUAUGAAGGCUAAUAGUGUUCUAUGUCAUGAGUUAAUUACUUGAAAGUUGAGUUGUGGGCACAUAUAGUACUUACACUGUGCUGUUUACCUAGGAGUCAUCCAUGAUACUUUAUUUGUUAGUCUA